AUGAAUGAUUUACUCAUUUAAAAUUGUACUUUCUCAUAAAACGUAUUAGCUGGUAUUCCAAAUUCAAUAGCUCUUUCAAGUUCAGGCUUAAGUAUUGUGAAUAUUGUAGGAAAUGUUUUGAUCAAUUAGAGUUCAUUUUUAUAUUUAGGCUCCAACUCUGACAUUAAUGGUUUAUCUAUUUUGUCAGAAAAUCUAUCAAUAAGCCGUUCAACAUUUGAUACUUCUUUAAGUUUGUCUAGCUUAAUUUAGACUAAAAAUAGCUUUAACUAAAAUAUUAAUAUCAAAGGAGGUUUUAUGAGAGUCAAGGCUUCUAAUUUAUAAAUUACAUAAUCGAACUUUCAAACAUCGGAAUCUCAAAUAGGAGGAUUUAUAUAUGCCAUAUCAUAUUCUAAAAUAUUUGUAAUUAACAUUACUGAAAGUAAUUUCUCUGAUAGCUUAAUUUAACUAAGCGGAGGUAUUAUAUUCGUGGACACUUUAGGUUCUAUAUUGGAGUUUUCAAUAUCAAAUUCUCUUUUUAAAAAUAUAUUCUAAGUGGCUCCAGAAUCAUCUCUCAUUUAGUUAAGCUAAGAUUCUUUUGGGAAAAAUGCUCAAAUAAAUAAUUUUUUAAGAUUAAAUAAUGUUAACUUUACUAAUAUAUAUGGAGAAGACAUAUCUUCUAUUUUUUCACUAGCUUUUUGUUAACUAAAUAUAUCUUAAUCAGUUUAUAGUUUUGAUUAAAGUAUUAACCGUCAAUAAAUAAUAUCUCUAUAACUAAAUUCUAUACUGUAUCCUUCGACUUACAUAACGUCAACCAAAAGCUAAGUUUAUUUAGAAGGUGUUAGUAUUUAGGAAGUUUAAAGCUUGUACUAAAAAUCUAAUAAUCAUUAAGUAUUUUUUAGUUCUCAAAACUCUAACUUUGAAUUAAAAGACUGCACUGUGAAGAAUAUAGUAAUGAGUAUAGGUGGGAUAAGUUAUUUUGAAUAAGGUUCCAUAGACAUUUCAAAUCUAUAAGUCAACAAUAUUUAAUUUUAACCAAAUAUGAAAAGUUUAAGAUUUAUACAAAAUAAUAGCAUUAUUUAAAACUUUGUCACUGUUUUUUACUUUACCAGCUCUAUUAUAAAUAUGAGUAAAUCUAAUGCCACAAACAUUUUCUGCCAGAAUAUAUGUGAGGGAGGAUUAGGCUUGAUAGAAAAAUCCGAAUUAACUAUUUAAAAUUCUAACUUUUCAGCUAUAAAUUCAAAUAAUGGAGGAGUUUUUUCAAUAAUUAAUCCUUAAAUAAAAACGACGUUAAAUUAAAAUAUAUUUUAAAAUAAUACUUGCAAUUAAAAUGGAGGAGCAUUAUAAAUAACUUCUAAUUACUAGUUGGCUUUUAACAUUUAGAUAUUAGGAAAUAUCUUUUUGAAUAACACAGCAUAGUAAGGAGAAGGAGGAUCAAUUUAUUUUUAUUCAUAAAAUUCAUCUGCAGACGAUUCACUAAUUAUCUAAAAUAGUGUAAUUUAAAAAAAUAAAGCUUACAUAGGAGGAGGAUUAAAGUAUGAAGGAAUAAUCCCAACUUUAAUUAAUAAUUAAAUAUCUGAUAAUACUGCAAUUUUCUAUGGUUAGAAUAUUUUUUCUUAUCCUAGUAAGCUGUUUCUUGAGAAUAGAUAAGAAAUAACAAGCAAUUACUAAGGCAUUUAAGUGUAAGAUAAUAAAAUAAUUAUAUCACAAUAAAGAACAGGAGGUUCUAUUCCUAAUAUGAAUUUUACCUUAAGAAACGAUUAUGGAGAUAUAAUGUAAUUUGGAAAUAAAGAAAUGUAACAAGUAUUUCUAACUAUACAAAUCGAUCCACAAACACCAUUUUUUUCUGAGUAUUAUUUAAGAGGAGAGUCAAAAGCAAUCUACAAUUUUGAAGGGAAUUGCUUUCAAUUUAAAAAUAUAGAUUUAAUAGGUAAGCCAUAGACUACUGUGAAGCUAAUUAUCAAAAGCGAUUUAAUUAGAGACUCAAAUUCAUAACAAUUGACUAACAAUUAUUAUUUUGAAAUUUAAGCUUAUAUUUAAGAUUGUUAAAUUGGAUAAAUUCCAUAUAAAUAUAAUGGAUUCUAAGAAUGUGUUAUUUGUGAAAAGGGUACAUAUUCAUUUGAUUAGACAUAAUGCUAUAAAUGUCCCUCUGGAGCAGAAUGUUAAGGAGGAAGCCAGAUUACAGUUGAUUAAGGUUUUUGGAGAAAAGAGUAAUAUGAUAGCAACAUAAUAUAAUGUGAGCAUUAGUAAUCGAAUUGUGUAGGAGGUUCGUAUGGAGAUUAAAUUUGUUAUAAAGGACACAUUGGGGCUCUAUGUGAAGAAUGCGAUAUAUUUGGUGAAGUUUGGGGAGAGAGUUAUGCAAAAUCCAGUAAAUAUUCAUGCACUUUAUGUAGCAAAAUAGUAGGUAACUUGUAUAUAAUUGCUACGGUUACAAUUUGGACUCUUGUUUCUAUGAUAAUUUCUAUCAAGGGUUAUGAAAAUUAUUAAUAUAAGUAAUAUUAAUCACAGUUCUUAUAAAAAAUUGUCAGAAAGAAAACAUACUUAAGAGGAAAUAAAAAAAGUAAUUUAACUGCAAAAGAAGAUUAAACAAGUGUUUAUAUAAAGAUAUUUACAAAUUACUUUUAAAUUAUUUCUUCAGUAGCUACAUUCAAUUUAUAAGUGCCUUCUGGUAUAAUAGAGUUUCCUACAUCUCUUGGUUAGCCCAUCUCUUAAACUAUCAAUUCUUUAGACUGUGCUCUCAAAAAAUUUAACUCUAGCAUGCCUAUUAUUUACUUUAGACUUAUUUUCUCAAUCUUAUUACCUGUUGCUUAUUUGGUUAUCUUUGUAGUUUUUCUAGCGAUUUACUAAAAGAUUAUAAAAAAAGAAAAGGAUUUCCCUUACUAUUUAAUAUAUACAGCUUAUAUUUUUUUACUUAUUUAUACUUAACCUGAUUUGGUAGCUUAGAUGAUAGCUUCACUUUCAUGCAGAUAAAUAGGAAAUGUAAAGUAUAUUCUUUCAAAUGUAUCGAUGGAAUGCUACACAUAAGAUUUUUAUAAAUGGGGAUUUGGAUUUAUUUUGCCUUUUUUAUUUAUCUUUUUAUUUUUAUUGCCUUACAUCCUAAUAGUUUAGCUAAAGAAAGCAAAAAAUAACUUAUAAUUGCUGGAAAUAAAAAGAAAAUAUGGCUUCUUGUACAAAGAAUACACUUAGAAGUGUUAUUACUGGGAAUUUGUAAAAAUGGCAUAAAAAUUAGCCAUAAUAUUAUAACUAAAUUUUUACUCAUAAGAUAUCAAAACAAAGGGUAUACUAGUUUUUAUUACUGUGACUUUCUAUUCUAUUUCUCUAAUGAUAUAUAAGCCUUACAAAAGCAAUCAGAUAAACUAACUAGAUCAUUACUCAACUAAUGUUUGUGCAAUCUCUGUCUUGUUAGGAUUAUUUAUUUACAGCAACGAUUACAAUUACUUUGUUAUAAUGUCUUUAAUUUUGAUUAUACUGAUUAAUUUUUUAUUUAUAUUAAUGAUGGUUAGAAACAUAAUUCUAGAUUUGAGUUAUGAGUAAAGAAAAAAUCUUGCUCUAUAGACUCUUGGUGCUUUAAUAGAUAAAAGGUAUUCUAAAAACUAUGAUAAUGAAAAGCAAAAGACACUUAAAUCAGAAUAAACUCUUACAAAUAAAAUUACUAAUUUAAAUCUUAAUUUCAAUAUAGAUAUCAAUAUAGAAGAACAUGAAAAAAAAUAGAAUGAAAUUGAAAUCAAAAGCUCUUAGCUUCAAAUUUUUGAAUAAUUUUUAGGUAAAAAAGUAUAACAAAGUUAAAGAAGUUUAAUUCAAAAUGAGAUAUAAAGUUAAAAUGAGGAAGAUUAUCAUAUUGAAAUUGAUGAAAAAAAAAGCAUAGAAAAAGAAUUAGAAUAAUAUAAGACAAUGUAAAUAAUCAAUUGA